UUGGCAGUGAAGUGGAAGUGGAGCCAGUCUUGUGUGCUGUUCAACUAAAACUGCGUGGAGCGCUUGGGAAAGCUAGGAAACCGCGGCAUGAAUGCAAUUACCUAUGGUGAUGUGCAUGUUGACGUCACUUGGGAAGAAUGGACUUUGCUGGAACCUUCCCAGAAGAAUCUCUACAAAGAUGUGAUGCUAGAGACCUACAGGAACCUCCUUAUCAUUGGAUACAGUUGGGAAGACCAUACUACUGAACAACAUUGUCAUCUUUCUACAUGGCAUGAAAGGAAGGAAACAAGUAACACUGGAGAAAAACCGUCUUUAUCUACUCAGUGUCUUAAAGCCCUUCCUUAUGACAGUCAUCUUCAAAGGCAUAAAAGAACAAAUCCUAGCGAGAAACACUAUGAAUGUAAUCAGUGUGGUAAAGCCUUUGUACGUCUCAAUCAUCUUCAAAUGCAUAAAAGAACACAUACUGGAAAGAAACUAUAUGGAUGUAAUGAAUGUGAUAAAGCCUUUUCACGUAUCAGUGAUCUUCAAAGGCAUAUAAUAAGGCAUACUGAAGAGAAACGCUAUGAAUGUAAUCUGUGUGGUAAAGCCUUUGCAUAUCACAGUCAUCUUCAAAGGCAUAAAAGAUCCCAUACUGGAGAGAAACCCUACGAAUGUAAUCAGUGUGGUAAAGCCUUUCCAUUCCAGUGUAAUCUCCGAAUACACGAAAGAAUGCAUACUGGAGAAAAGCCCUAUGAAUGUAAUCAGUGUGGUAAAGCCUUUAUAUAUGACAGUGUUUUUAAAAGGCAUAAAAGAACCCAUACCGGAGAGAAACCCUAUGAAUGUAAUCAGUGUGGUAAAGGCUUUGCAUGUAUCAGUGAUCUUCAACAGCAUAAAAUAAGACAUACUGGAGAGAAACCCUAUGAAUGUAAUCAGUGUGGUAAAGCCUUUGUAUGUAUCGUUGAUCUUCAAAGGCAUAUAAGAACACAUACUGGAGAGAAACCCUAUGAAUGUAAUCAGUGUGGAAAAGCCUUUGCGUAUCACAGUUAUCUUCACAUGCAUAAAAGAACACAUACUGGAGAGAAACCUUAUGAAUGUAAUCAGUGUGGUAAAGCCUUUGCGUAUCACAGUUAUCUUAACAUGCAUAUAAGAACACAUACUGGAGAGAAACCUUAUGAAUGUAAUCAGUGUGGUAAAGCCUUUGCAUGGCACAGUGGGCUCAAAAUACAUGAAAGAACGCAUACUGGAGAAAAACCCUAUGAAUGUAAUCAGUGUGGUAAAGCCUUUGCAUGUCACCGUGCGAUCAAAAUACAUCUAAGAACACAUACUGGAGAAAAGCCAUAUGAAUGUAAUCAGUGUGGUAAAGCCUUUGCACGUCAUAGUAAUCUUUACGUUCAUAAAAGAACACAUACUGGAGAGAAACCCUAUGAGUGAAAUCAGUGUGGUAAAGCCUUUGCAAGUCAAGGUUAUCUUCACAUUCAUAAAAGAACAUUUCCUGGAGAGAAACCCUAUGAAUGUAGUCAGUGUGGUAAAAUUUUUGUUUGUCAAAAUAGUCUCUGAACACAUGAAAGAAAUCAUACUAGAGUGAAAUCCUAUGAAUAUAAUCAAUGUGGUAAAGCCUUUUGCCCAUGACAGUACUCUUCAACAGCAUAAAAGGACACAUACUUUUAUAAGUUUGGUAAAGGAUGAUAUCACAGUCAUCUUCAAGGCAUUAAAGAACACAUACUGGAGUAAAAACCCUACAAAUGUAUGUGUUAAAACUUUUGCUCAUUGUGGAGGCCUGAAAAUGUGAGCCUGUUUCCAAGUUGAACAAAGAUCAGAGAGUUGGGACUUUCCUCUAGUUCCUUCAUGAUUAUUGUGCUUUUACCUCAAACAAAUGCUCCACCUCGAUAUAGUUCCAGGAGUUUUGCUCUCUCAAGGUUAUUGUCAACAAGUGUCUCUAAUUGCCAGACCUUCUACUCCGGGAAUAGAAAAGUAGAUCAGUUCCUGCCUCAAACAAAAGUCUAAGGAUUCAAAUUAGUUCCAGUUCCCAGUAUGUAGAUAACUUCGUAUUCCAUAGAGGGAGUGGUUUGCCUACAGAAUGUUUUGGUCUAAGGUGUAAGUGUGACUUGUUUCGUUCUAGCAACAGAAUUUUUAACUAUGAAUGUAGACUGCAAAUUUCAAUUGUAUGUUCAUUUCCUUGUAUCAUGUUAAUGUAGUCUUUUGUCUUACUCCUAACUUUGGGGUCAAGGUUAUUUUAAGCAGUUGGAAAUUAAAUGAAGGUGAAUUUUCAGGACUCACUGGUA